AUGCCGUCAACACACAAAAGGGAGAAGCCCUGGGAUACUGAUGAUAUCGAUAAGUGGAAGAUUGAAGCAUUUACGCCCGCCGACAAUACUGCCGGAACAUUCACCGAAGAAUCCUCCUUCGUAACUCUCUUCCCCAAAUACCGUGAAGUCUAUCUGCGAGAAGCAUGGCCACUUAUCACACGCUCGCUCGAAAAGUCUGGCAUCGCCUGUACACUUGAUUUGGUUGAGGGUUCUAUGACGGUGAAAACCACGCGAAAGACAUAUGAUCCCGCUUCAAUUCUCAACGCCCGAGAUCUGAUUAAGUUGCUCGCAAGGAGUGUGCCCGCACCCCAAGCCGUCAAGAUAUUAGACGAUGGAGUUGCUUGCGACAUAGUCAAGAUUCGGAAUCUGGUGCGGAAUAAAGAGCGCUUCGUCAAGAGGCGGCAGAGGAUAUUAGGCCCCAAUGGUAGCACAUUAAAGGCACUGGAGCUUCUUACAGAAUGCUACUUAUUAGUCCAAGGAAACACUGUGGCGGCAAUGGGACCCUAUAAGGGCUUGAAAGAAGUACGGCGGAUCAUCGAAGAUUGCAUGGCCAACAUCCACCCUAUCUACCACAUCAAAGAGCUUAUGAUCAAGAGAGAGCUGGCCAAGGACCCUGAACUAGCGGGCGAGAGCUGGGAUCGGUUCCUGCCGCAUUUCAAGAAGAGGAAUCUAAGCAAGAGACGCGUCCCACACAAGGUCGCGGACAAGAGCAAGAAGGUUUACACGCCUUUCCCUCCACCGCAAGAGAAGAGCAAGGUGGAUCUGCAGAUCGAGACUGGAGAAUAUUUCCUGGGUAAACAAGCUAAGGAGCGGGUUGCUCGGGAAGAGCGAUUGGACAAGCAGAAGGAGAAGAAGAAGGAGAAGCUGAAGGAGAGGGAGAAGGAGUUUGUUGCGCCGAAGGAAGAGAAAGAGAAGAAGAAGCGGAAGCGGGAUAAGGGCGACGGCGAGGACGAAGGAGUUAAGAAAGACAAGAAAAAGAAGAAGCGGAAGGAGGUUGAGGUUGAGGCCGAGGAGGAUUGA